UUAUUUAUUUCUAUGAAAGAUAGUAGUCUAGAUUUUUAUAUAGAUUAUAGAGAUUUUAAUAAGAUUCUUAUUAAGAAUUAUUAUUUUUUAUUUUUUAUUUUAAACAUUCAAAAUAGAAUUUCUAAAAGUGAAUACUUCUCUAAAAUUAAUAUUAAAGAUAUCUACUAG